GAGCUUCGGAGUCACUCCUUCCAACUGGUUUGUCCCUCCGGACGACCUGUAGCGCUUUCCCCUCCCGCCAUCAUGGAAGGAGCCGCGGCCUCCUCCGAGGGCCUGCGCUAUGCCGAGUACGCCAGGGUCCCUACGGGCGCCGGCAAGGGCCAGGCCGAGCUGGACCGAGGGCUGGCUAGAACUAUGAUAGCAGUUGGACUUGGCGUUGCAACUGUUGCAUUUGCAGGUCGUUAUGCUUUCCACCUUUGGAAACCAUUGGAGCAGGCAAUUACAGAGACAGCAAAGAGGAUUUCAACUUCUAGUCUUUCAUCGUACUAUAAAGGAGGAUUUGAACAGAAAAUGAGUAGGCGAGAAGCUAGUCUUAUUUUAGGUGUGAGUCCAUCUGCUGGCAAGGCCAAAAUCAGAACAGCCCAUAGAAGAAUCAUGAUUUUGAAUCAUCCUGAUAAAGGUGGAUCACCUUACUUAGCAACAAAAAUUAAUGAAGCAAAAGACUUGUUGGAAUCCAGUACCAAAAAUUGAAAUCCGAAGCCUUGGGUCAUGGGAGAUUCAGCAGAUACGUUGUGCAACAGCUUUCGUCUCUACUUGCUCUGCACAGUUUGUUACAACUGCAUUGACUGUUCCUAUUUAUUGUUUUAAUUAAAAGUUUAAGGUUAUUUAAAAACAAACUGAAAUCUUUUACAGUUAUGUAAAGUUAUGUACAGUUAUGCUCCUGUGAGGAGCAGGGAGUUGGACUCGAUGAUCCUUAUCGGUCCCUUCCAACUCGAGAUACUCUAUGAUUCUAUGUCUCACUUUUAGUGUAUUUUUACUGAAUUAUGAUCUAUUCCAAGCUUUGAAAAUGUUCUCUUACUGUCUGUGUUUUUCUUCAGAAGUAGUUGCUUCUUUUGGUAACUUUUGGAGCUUUUUAAAAUAUAAAAAAUAGUCUUAAAUAUAGACUUUUUUCUUCAUUGAUGAAGACUUAACCAUCGUCAGAAAAUCUGUGACAAUGUAUUGUGUCACAGGAAGUAUGGCAGACCCUGUACAGCAAGUUUUCAGUAUCACCUUCCACUUUAAUCUCUUCAUUUAUGAUCAUGAAUGCAGUUUGAGAGGUGCAACUCAGAACAAAAUGACUGACGGGCUACAGACUGCAGUUUCCAUUAGCUGUAUCUGCAAGACUUGGAGAUACAAAGGAAGAGUCUUGGUUUUGGUUAGUUCUUUUGCAUAUUAAAAGAUCUCUGAAAUUGUCAAAUGGUUAUUUGGACACACUUUUACUUAGUCACAGAGUACGUUACUCUGUAGAAACUGGGGUGGUGCAGGGGUUUUCAUGGCAGUGGAACUGAAGAAGCUAGGUCCAUUGUGGCAUGGAGUCAGAUGGAUUUAUAUAGGACUUUAUGGUCAGUCCAGUCACGUCAGCCUGAUGUAAGACUGAUAUAGCAGGGAACAAACAUGACUACCCCUAAUGACAGUUGCUUUGCUUAUGACUCUGGAUGGACUUACUGGGUUAGUUCUCCAGUGAGUCUCACAUUCCUACAGUAUCAUACGUACCUCCUUGUGCAGCCAGCACUAGGUUGUUAACUUGCUUUGGGGAAUGCUGAAGCCAUGGGUCUCCGACUUUAAAGUGAACAAGUUUUAAUUGACAGUAGAUGUGAGUAGAUGCUAUUUGGGGCAAUUGGCUGCUGCAAAUUCCUACCAAGUUGACUGUAGAUGAAUCAACUCUCCUGAGAGGAGGAUAAGGAUGACAUGAGACAUAGUGGAUUCAGUGCGAGACUGAAAAGCUUUCUAGUAUCCAUUCAAACUCAUAUAAUUUGAGGUACAAGAAACAACUUGAAGUGCUACAAAUAUAAUAUUUAGAUAUCCCAUUUCCUAGGUUAUUUAACCAGAGGAAAGUGGCUAAGAGCAGUUAAAUAAUUAAAGCAUCCAACCUCAUGUUAUCCAUCAGAAUGUGCAUUUGUCUGUUCAUCCAGUGGUAGAUGUCCAGAUUAUAUGGAUUUUUUCCUUGAAAGGAAGAAAUAUGAAAAUAUAUAUAUAUAUUUAUCACGUUCUUCCCACUUUGUCACAAUUCCCCUACUUUCAUUAAAGAGAGAUUUUAAAAAGUUGAUCCCGAAAGGAAAUACAAACUUUAGGUAGUUUGGAGACUUGUUGACAAUUAGAGUGGCAGGACAUAGGACACGACUGGAUAAAGCAAAAAAGGCUGCAGGGAAAAAUCUGCCUGGGAAGGGGCAUACGCUAUAGGGGUACUACAUGCUUGUGUCACUUAACUAAUGCUCUAAUACAAGAAAAUGUUUAAUUUAAAGACAAUGGACUUUAUUCAUAGGAAUAGUCUUAAUUGGGUUUUGUUAAAGGAGUAGCCAGCAACUAAUGUACAUUUAAGUGUUAGCCAAAACCAGACCAAAACAAAAUAAAAAAACCUUCAUGAUUUUAUGUUGGGAUGAGAGAAGCAGGGUGGUGGGGUUGUCCUUAAUUUUCUUAAGUGGAGUCUGUAAGCGAUCUGAAUUGUCGUUCAAAAGCAAAAUUGAUGUGUAUGGUAGGUAGCAAAAAUGUUCCCUCUAAUGAUUUUGAACUGACUGGCUAUUGUCAUAUGAUUGCCUUUUUUUUUUCCUGAGUAAAAUGAGGCAAAAAUAGCUGUUCUAAAGUAUCAGUUGAAACAAAUGCAUUAAAAAUGGCUACUUGUUCUCUUCUUAAAAAUUAACUUCCCACACCUUUGAAGGAAAUACGGGUUUUAUUUUUGUGAGAUUGUGUUAAUUUUCUUCCUGAUCUAACUAUUUAUAUCUGAUUAUUUUGGAAGAAACAGGUUUUGUGUUGCUUUCAGCUAUGAGAGAAAUUGUUCUUAAUAAAAAGAAAUAAAACCAAGUUCUAUUUCUGCUUUCUCCCAUCUUUUUCAGAGCAGACUACUGACCAGUUCACAAAUUUGACAAAUUAACAAAUUAAAAAAUUCAACAAGUUAACUUUGGCCAUCAGGAUCUCUGGAAAAAUCUGUAAAAUGAGUGAAGCUAAUGAGUAGCAGUUGUGAAAACAUCAUUAUUGUAUAUCUGGUGCUGUAACCACACGUACAACAGCAGAAGUAUGUAUCCGUGGAAGCAACUAAUUUUUCUCAUGUGUUUACUGGCAAAGCUUGCUUUACCCACUAACUGAUCUUUGGAAGGAUGAAGAUAGGAUAGUGAAAGGAAAGAUGGCAUCAAGCAAGUCAUGUAAAUACUGCUCAAAUUGUUGUCGCUGGUAGUCAGCGUUGCAGGCUGAGCAAUGUCCUUGGAGACUUCCUCGCAGAGCAGCACCUGGUUUGGUGCUCAGCCGGACCGGGAAGACCAGGAUACUACUUUUUUAAUAGCAUAGCCUGUUAAUUUAACCUUAUAAAUAUUUAGGUUCUUGAGAUUAUUUUCUUUACUUGUCAGAUGCAGAACUUUUUUUGUUUUAAGAAAACUGCAGAGAGGUUGAUUUAUUCUGGUGCAAUUUCUGUCCACCCAUAACAGCAGCAAUAAACAAAGUCAUUUUUGUGUGUGUGUGUGCUUUAACGUUCAGAAAGCAUUCAUCUGUAACUUCUUAGCUCGGGAAUUCCCAGGUAGUUUCCUACUCACAUGAUAACCAGGCCCAGGUAUCUUCUCUAACUUCAGAUGUCAGGCAAGACUGAGUGCGUUUGUUUGGCAUUGCUGUGGGCGAUUCCCACUUUAUUUAAUGAACCACACCUUGCUCAUCUGCCUGGUUUUUGCUCUUAGGCUGUGGGAGUUUUCUCUGAAUUUCAUUCUUUACCCUAACCACAGCAGAUUUAGGCACAGGUCCACCAAAAGUCCCAGUGAAGUCUGGUUAUCAGCCUGCACAAGUGCAACUUGCAAAACCUUUGCUGGUCUAGAAUGGGACUUGGGUAGAAUUGAGACACGUAAAUACAAGGGUGCAAUUCCCAAAACCUUUGUCUGAUCGCCUAGGUAACUUAAAAGUUAAAAAUUUACUUUCCUGUGUACUUAGAUUUCUGCAUAGGUGCAAAACUGCCUCCUUCUUGCCAGGUCUCCACUUGCUUUAACACUUUUCUCAUCCAUAAGUCCACAGAUUAGGUGUCUGGUGUCCGGUAGCUGUGGUUGUAGGGUGCCUCAUACAGGCCAACGCAUCUGCAGCCAUGGUGUGAAAAUCCUUGUUAUCUGUCCUGGUACUCAAAUCAGGCUGGUGAUGAAGCUGGGCUGAGGGGGCAAUGGCACUUGUCCUGCUUCUUGCUGAAGUUGUGCCUGGCUGCAGAAUGGAAGGUUCAUAAAGCCUGUGAGAUCUAAGGGCCUGAGUACUGAGCUCUGGUCCCCACUUCUGGAUCAGUUUAAAAGAUUAAAUGUUGUCAAAACAACAAGUCCACCGUCGAAAGUAUUGCUGACUUCUUUAGGAGCAUCGCUUUCUUCAUGUUGGGCUUUAGAGUCUUUCCUUUCAUUCACGCUCUUCUAUGAGUGUGCGUCUGUCUGUCCGUGUCUCUGUCUUUGACCGGCAGCACGGUAGACUGGCACUAAAUUCCCAGCUACAGCUUCCAGAAUUUUUUAGCUGAAUGGUGAUAAAACAUUUUCCUUGUGUCAUCAACAGCAGCAUUUGGCAUGUAGGUUGCUAAGACAUCCUUGUUUGCCAGUCAGCAUCAUCAGUGAUGCCAGCACAAUCUUGGGACUUUUGAGUUUUGUCAUUUGAACGAUUGCUCUCAAGCAACAGAAGGUAUGUGUAUGCACAUGUGUGUAUAAGCACACGUGUUUAUACACACUCACAUUGCUUUUCAGGAUCCUGUGAGGAAUUUUGUAUCUGUACUGGGGCACACUUUUGAAAUAAUGUUUUUUCUUAAAUUUUUUGACUUAACAUUAAUUUUCCAAAUUACAAUUUGAGAGUGAGAAAAGCUUUCCUCUUCAUGGAUGUAUGCAAUUAGUGACAUACUUUAAAGACAGAAAAAAUAAUGCCAAAUUAAAUUACAGGUCUUAAUUUAAUUAUUGUUGCAUAAAUAGGAAGCCAAUUUAAAAAAAAAACACACA